CUUUUUUCUGUUUUGCAAUUUUCACAUCAAACUCACACUACAAGGCCAACUGGGUUUUAGCUUUUUCUUUGCCAUAUUAGCAAAUUAAAGUUAAAAUUAAAAAGAAAAUAAAACAAAAAAGAAGAACAAAGCUACUAUAUUGAGUUUUACAGAAAGAAAAAAAAGAAGGUUCCAUUUUUCUAAUCAAACUUUAUUUCUGCUAAUUAAAAACACUCGCUCGUUAAUUAGAUUUUCCUCUUUGGGAAUGGGAAUUAAUCUCCCUCCCUUUUUCCUCUUCUAAGUUCUAACUACUGCAACGUUUUUCACACUCUCACUCCCACUCUCGAGAAGAACCUUCUUUAUGGUUACUUUUUUUUUUUUUUUUUUUAAUGUCCAUUAAAUUCAGAAUGCGAUUCUGAGAAUUCAAAAAAAAAAAAACUGCAGAAAAUGCGAAGCUAGAGUUGAAGCUGAAGCGGAUUUUCGAAAAAUUAGGGUUUUAGGGGGUGCAUUGUGCUUUUUCACUUUUUUGUUUUGGGGGAAUGAUAGCUCAUGGCAUUUGCGAAUGCUUCAGCGAUCGCUCCUUCAUCUCUGCGUUACUUUGCUCGCGUUGGUUCCUUUGAUUUGAAGGUUCCAUUUUCGGGUAUUCAUGGCGAUGUGGGUUCCGGGUUUUGUGGUUCUUCAUUCUGCGUUGGGUUACACGCGGGGAAGAGUGAUGUUGUGCUCGAAAGGAGAAGAUUGAAGCCCGUUGAUACCCGCAUUAUUGAAAAUGCUCAGUUGAAAUCAACUGUUGAAAUCCCUGUUUCUUGCUACCAGCUCAUUGGUGUUCCUGAUCGAGCUGAGAAAGAUGAAAUCGUUAAAGCAGUUAUGGGUUUGAAAAAUGCAGAAAUUGAAGAGGGUUAUUCCUUGGAUGUUGUUGCGUCUCGCCUGGAUCUGCUGAUGGAUGUCAGGGAUAAGCUUCUAUUUGAGCCAGAAUAUGCUGGUGAUCUGAAGGAAAAGAUUCCCCCUAAAUCCUCCCUUCGAAUUCCUUGGUCUUGGUUGCCUGCUGCCCUGUGCCUACUUCAUGAAGUUGGAGAAUCAAAGCUUGUAUUAGAGAUUGGACGGGCGAAUCUUCAGCAUCAAGAUGCCAAACCUUACACAGAUGAUUUGCUUCUUUCUAUGGCACUAGCUGAGUGUGCAAUUGCAAAGGCUGGCUUUGAGAAGAACAAAGUUUCUCAAGGUUUUGAAGCUCUUGCUCGCGCCCAGUGUCUUCUAAGGAGUAAACCAUCUCUUGCAAAAAUGACUCUGCUAUCCCAAAUUGAAGAAUCUCUAGAAGAGCUUGCACCUGCUUGCACCUUAGAACUUCUGAGCAUGCCUAAUUCUGUUGAGAAUUUUGAUCGAAGGCGAGGUGCUAUUGCGGCUUUGCGUGAAUUGCUCAGACAGGGUCUUGAUGUUGAAGCUUCAUGCCAAGUGCAAGACUGGCCUUCAUUUCUAAGCCAAGCAUUCAAUAGUUUGCUGGCUGGUGAGAUAGUUGAUCUUCUACCUUGGGAUAACUUAGCAGUGAUGCGAAAGAAUAAGAAGACAAUUGAAUCACAAAAUCAAAGGGUAGUAAUUGAUUCAAACUGUUUAUAUAGAGUAUUUAUUGCUCAUUUGGCACUUGGAUUUUCAAGCAAGCAAAAAGAGUUGAUUAACAAAGCAAAAAACAUAUGUGAAUGUUUAAUAGCUUCUGAGGGCAUUGAUCUGAAGUUUGAGGAAGCUUUUUGCUUAUUCCUUCUUGGCCAGGGUACAGAGGCUGAUGCAGUUGAAAAGCUUAAGCAGCUUGAGCUGAACUCAAAUCCAAAACAUAAAUCGGUCUUGGGAAAGGCAAUAAUGGAUGCUUCUGUUGAAAACCCAUCAUUGGAAAAAUGGCUGAAGGAUUCUGCACUUGCUUUGUUUCCAGAUACUAAAGAUUGUUCUCCUGCUCUGGUCAAUUUCUUUAAUGCUCAAAAGAAGUUUCCAGGAAGCAAGAAAGGUACUGGAGCUCCACAAUUGGUGCCUACUAUAUGUCAUAGACCUCUGUCCUCAUCUGGUUCGUUAGAACGAAGAGAUCUUGAGGAACCUCGCUCCUAUACAAGCUCUUCUCCAAAUAUAGGGUACGCAGUCAAACAGCUGACUCCUACUGAUUUGCAGAAUUCAUUGCUAUCUGGCAAAGAUGAAAAUGGAAGCAGUCUUCACGAAUCACCUGUUCAAGUGAACAGAAGUCUAGGCACUCAUCGCAAUGGAAUUUGGGAUGGUCCCUACACUCAUCCACACAUAUUUGGAAGAGUAACAUACAUUACUGUACUUGGUUGUAUUGCUUUUGCUACUGUCAAGUUGUUUGGAAUGAACUUAAGCAAGAGCAGCUCUCAUUGGACUUCAACUAGAGCCAAUAAUAACAGUGCUUGGACAACAGAUUCUUCUGCUGACUGCACUAUGGGCCCUGCUUACAUCAGGGGUAGUAACAUUGCUGGCAGAAUGAAGAAAAUCUUUGCAAUAGUUAAGCAACCAUUUUUGCACCAGUCCGAUGCUGGAAAUCAAAGUGAUUUGCGCGCCUCUCUUAGCAAAUCAUCAUCCCAUGUUAAUGUGUACAGGAGGCUGAUGAUGCCUUUGGAAGAGGCUGAAAAGCUUGUUAAACAAUGGCAAACAAUCAAAGCUGAAGCUUUGGGACCUAGCCAUGUAGUUACUUCCCUAGCUCAAGUCCUUGAUGAGUCCAUGCUUGCUCAGUGGCAAGCUUUGGCUGAUGCAGCGAAUGAAAGAUCUUGUUACUGGAGGUUUGUUUUGCUAAAAUUGUCUGUCCUACGAGCGGACAUUCUAUCAGAUGGGAGUGGAGUAGACAUGGCAGAAAUAGAGGCUCUCCUAGAGGAAGCAGCGGAACUAGUUGAUGAUUCUCAGCAAAAGAACCCAAAUUACUAUAGCACUUAUAAAGUUAAGUAUAUCCUCAAGAGGCAAGAAGAUGGAUCAUGGAAGUUCUGUGAAGGUGAUAUACGAACACCAUGAUCUUUGGCUUACCACACCAGGAAAUAACUUACAUUGCUGCUAACUUUGGUUUAUUUAGGCAGAUGAUUACAUAUAUUUUUCAGUGUAUACUGUAUAAGGUAAGAUAACUAGGUUUUCUCUUUUUACUUUAUAAGGAAGAUGAAUAGGCUGUCCUCCAACCCCUCCCUUUUUCUUGUCGAUUAAAGUGUAAAGAACCGAUUGAUUGACAUAUUCAUUGUAGUGAGGAGAAAAUUCUGAUAAAAUUUUUUUAACGAAGUAAUGUGAAAAUAAAUUAUUAUGGAGUCCA